ACAGAUCGAAUCACAGUAUGUUUGUUUAUCUUUAUGUUUAUGUACCUUGAUAUUGUUUUGUUUACUGUUGUGAAUAUGGCGUCGUUGGUGGCAGAUUACAGUUCUACUGAUUCGGAAAGUAGCAGUGACACAGAUUCAGAAGAAGAUGUCGAAGAAACGAACAAAGGAGGCUGCAGUUCUGAGAAGCUUCCUCAUCCUGAGUUUGGCUCUGCUGGCAUAUCCUGCAUGAAGAGUUCUGUGUUCUCUAAUCCCUUUGUAGAGGCAGAAAAUGCAAAGAAAGCCAUUCUUGAGAAACAUGUUAAAAUGACACCAACAAAAGAAGAGAUAACGAUGAUUAAUGGGAAGAAAAUAUGUUGGAAUUUCAGGAAAGGAAGAUGUAGGUUUGGCCACAACUGCAAAUUUGCACAUGAUUCUGAUUUGCCAAAUGUGAAUACAGAAAAUCAGUCUGAAAGUGGUGAUGUAUAUAAUGGUCAGACAGUUGUUUUACAUGACAGUGUUGGAACUGGUGAUUCUGAAAUUAGCAAAUGUAGUGAGAAUUUACUAAGUGUAGUAAGUAAGAAAAAGAGGCCAGGUCUUGCGCAGGAACUUGUUCCUGGAAAGAAGGUACUGAAAUUGUACAAAAAACAAAAAGUUAAGGAUGGUAUUUGGAGUGGUAGCACAGCUGGUAACAAGUGAAAAUGUUUCUAACUGGAAAUGAAUUGCAGUUUUUCUUUUAAUUAUAAAUAUGAACUUCUAAUAUAUACAUUUUAGUUUUAUUAAAUGGUAUUCUACCAACUUAAAA